UUGCAGCCAGUUAGCGCGUUCUCGUGGAGCUUUUCCGGUGGCGUUUCCUGUGUUUGUAAACUGACCCGAGCUGGAAUAAAAGAGCGAAAUUGAGCAGUACUGAGAAAAGACAUUGCUGGCCCAUGAUAGAGUUCGGUGAGACUUGCGUGACGCUUGGUCCAAACUGACGUCUCAUCUACACAUCUCGUCUGUCUCUCAACCGCUGUCCACCACCAUGUCACACAUACCCGGCAGCUCGGUCCGGGACCACAUGAAAUGGGCAGGGCUGUUGGGAUGUGAAGCGGUGCUGUCCAGCAUGGCUCUGAUGCAGGCCAGUUCCAUCGCUGCUCCUAAGAAAAUGAUGUCGCCCUUGGGUCCGGCUUCAGGCCACGGUUCAGCCCAGAGGGAUGCACAGGACCGUGGGACGCAAGGACACAUGGUCUUACCAAUGAGCAUGACCUGCCCUCCACUGCUUCUGCGGAAGGAGGCUGAUUUUACAGCUCCCCGACUGCUGGAUGAGAAGGAAAUGAGACCCAAUGAAGACAUGCAGCUGAAGAAAAAGAACAGGAAGUCGGGAACACCCUCCAAAGUGAGAGAGCAGGACGGGCAAGCAGGGAAGGCGGUUGUGGAUGAAAAUGGAAAUUGUCCACUUUCAAAAGUCCAGAAGAACUUUAUCUGUGAUCACUGCUACGGGGCCUUCAGGAGUGGAUACCACCUGAAGAGACACAUUCUCAUUCAUACUGGAGAAAAGCCGUUUGCUUGUGCCGUGUGUGACAUGAGAUUUAUUCAGCGCUACCACUUGGAGCGACACAGCCUCACUCACACUGGGGUGAAGCCGUAUGCUUGUUCCAUGUGUGACAUGCGGUUUUUCCAACGUUACCACUUGGAGAGGCACAGCCUCACUCAUACUGGGGUCAAACCAUAUGCUUGCACCAUGUGUGACAUGAGAUUUUUCCAAAGAUACCACCUUCAGCGACACAGCCUCAUUCAUACGGGGGUGAAGCCGUAUGCUUGCUCCAUGUGUGACAGGCGUUUUUUCCAACGUUACCACCUCCAGAGACACAGCCUCACACAUACGGGGGUGAAGCCAUUUGCUUGCACAAUGUGUGAUAUGAGUUUUUUCCAACGCUACCAUCUCCAAAGACACACCAUCACCCAUACGGGGGUGAAGCCGUAUGCUUGUUCCAUGUGUGACAUGCGUUUUUUCCACCGUUACCACCUCCAGAGACACAGCCUCACUCAUACUGGGGUGAAGCCUUAUGCUUGCACCAUGUGCGACAUGCGUUUUUUCCAACGUUACCAUCUACAGAGACACUGCCUCACCCAUACGGGGGUGAAGCCGUAUGCUUGCUCGAUGUGUGACAUGAGGUUUUUUCAGCGUUACCACCUGCAGAGACACAGCCUCACUCAUACGGGGGUGAAGCCGUAUGCUUGCUCGAUGUGCGACAUGCGGUUUUUCCAACGUUACCACUUGGAAAGACACAGCCUCACUCAUACUGGAGAGAAGCCGUUUGCUUGUGACAUGUGUGACAUGCGGUUCAUUCAGAGGUACCAUCUGGAGAGACACAAGCGUGUUCACAGUGGUGAAAAGCCUUACCAGUGUGAGCGCUGCCAGCAGAACUUCUCACGGACAGACAGACUGUUGAGACACCGGCGAUUGUGUCAGGGUCGCGGCGUGGCAAAAGUCGAGGCCCAGCCUUGUUCUUUCACCCAGGAGCCUCCCGCAGCCGCUCCGUCCACGUGGAGUCCUCUACAUCCCGCCCCGGGCCGACUCGCUGUCUGACACCAUACUCUUUAGACAAGCCCUGAGACGACAGCACACCCGGACCUCUCUCAGAGCCACUGGCACUGUGGCUCCACCUGCUGACAGACAGAUGCGCUACAGACAGGAUGAGGGGAAAUUCUCCUCUUUUGUUUCUUUAUUUAGAAACGAACAAGGUUCUCUUUUGAUCAUCGAGGGUUGUUUUAUACUUUUUGGUAAUAUAUUAUGGGGCUAGAAGGGGUUUUAUGGUACUUUUAAGAGGUGAAGAACAAAAAACACCUAACAUGGGAAUUUCAUGUUACUAACCAAAAAAACAAAAGGUACAACCCAUCAUCUUUCGACUGACACCUAUUGAGAGACACUUCAUUAAAAUCAGCAUCAUGUGUGAUGUAUAGGCCUGCUGUAAAGUGCUAAGGGUUAGUACCCUACUGUCCUGAGGACUCAGGUAACGUCCUACUACCAUCGCGAGAUCUGUUUGUAACACUGUACCCAUGUGUAACCAUAUGGAAAUGCACAGUGUGCUUCCAUGUAUUAAUUCAUUAAGCAUUCACAGGCUUUUUCUCAAUGAUACAUGUUUGAUCUGAUAAUGUAACUAUCUAUGACUUUGAAAGAUAUGUAUAAAACUAUGUGUAACAGCUGGUUUGUUCUCUGUCAUUGGCAUGAGCUGGUGGAAAUGACGGCACCGGUUGAGUUCUGCUCCCUGGAAGUGUCCCUUUCUCUGACUUUACUCACUUAAUGACUGGCAAAUCUCACAAGAACUGUCAAGGCCAUGAUUUGGGCAUCGUUGGUCCUCACAGUCAUACAUUUUGCAUCAAGAAAAUGAGGUCUGUUUUAUGCCAUUACGUUUUUCAUUGUUGCAGUAUUUUUUUUAUGAUCAUUUAGCACCUUUCACUGAUAUUCUUAUUACCAUAAUGAAAAAAGGGUUUUUGAAUAUACAUUAAAAUGAUAUAUUUAAUUUUGUCCUAGUGGCUUUAUUUGGGCAAUAGGAGCUAUCAAUAACAGCCAUUAAUGAGAAUUACAGAACAACUCCAAAGUAAAAUGGUUGGUUGCAUUACGUAAUGAGAGUAAAAAAAAAAAAGGCUUCAUUUUCUGAAUGCUAAAGGUCCCCCCCUUCCUGAUUUUGGUGUGCUAUAUGGCUGAGAUAUGUUUUCGUGAGAUUCAUUGUAGAGUAUUGACUACACUGUUAAUGCAUCUACAUGGUAAAUGACACAAUGAAAACGUCCAAAAGCCCAACAAUUUCAUGUACAGAUUUAUAUGUGCAACAUGUAAGAUCUUGUGGCCUUAGGAUGUGUACAUGUGUAUUUUGUUUAGUACUUUUUUUUUUUUUUUUUCCCCCAAAAUUUUUUAAAUUUUUU